CUAGGCCCUCGGCCCCUGAACCCGGCUGGCAGGGCUGCCCAAUCUACAACGCGGCGCGUCGCCAACGGCAACUGCUGCUAUUUGUUCAAUGUUGACUCCUUCUAGAUUUCAUCAUAGGUAGGCUGUCCAGGUUCAGGUGUUUCCAAGGCGCCCGGCUUGUUGCACGGCCACAUUCCGACUUCCCCACCCCAACACCAGACAGUCACGACUUACUCUCAUCUGUCUUGGAAACAUAUUUCAAGACUUGACCGUGCCGGUCAUCCAAACUCAGUCCGAACCUUCCCUGCCCCGACUCGUGUCUCGCAACGAUCAGAGGUUACGAUGACUUCCUUUAUCGCUACCGUGAGCAACAACCGCAGGAACCAGUUCCGACCGCGACCCGGUGGAAAGCAGGGAACAACUAGCUACCAGCUGCGACAAUAUGCCGAGGCCACUCUGGGAGGCGGGAGCCUCCGCAAGAUCGUGAAGCUGCCUGAGGGCGAGGACGAGAACGAGUGGUACGCCGUCAACAUGGUGGAUUUCUACAACCAAAUCAACCUGCUGUACGGCGCCAUCACCGAGUUCUGCUCGCCCCAGUCGUGCCCGGAGAUGAAGGCAACCGACGAGUUCGAAUACCUGUGGCAGGACAACGAGAACUAUAAGCGUCCGACCAAGAUGCCCGCGCCGGCCUAUAUCGAGCAGCUCAUGACCUGGGUGCAGAGCAGCAUCGAUGACGAGGCCGUCAUGCCCAGCCGCAUCGGCGUGCCCUUCCCCAAGACCUUCCCCUCCCUCGUCCGCCAAAUCUUCAAGCGCAUGUACCGCGUCUACGCACACAUCUACUGCCACCACUACCCCGUCAUCCGCGAGCUCGGCCUCGAGCCCCACCUCAACACCAGCUUCAAGCAGUACGUCCUCUUCAUCGACGAGCACAACCUGGCUACCGGGAAGGACUUUUGGGGCCCGCUGGGAGACCUGGUCGACAGCAUGCUGCGAAGCGACUGAGGAGUCCGUGGCUUGUACGAUAGGCGUGAUUUUGAAUUUCUGCGUCAUGAAAGCUGGCGUUGGGGGCGGACGGUUCUUGUGCUUGUGACCCAAGGUGUAAAGAGAUGAUGGAUGAGGGCUGGCCGGAGUGCUCAAGGGUUUGGGUUGGACAUAUCCUGAUAUUGCCAGCGGACCAGGCCCUUACUCGGCCUCACAAUAUGCUGCAGACUGGAUUGAUACACCGCAGUAUGUCAUUUCCGCGAAACCAUGAGGGCUUAGAUCUUAAAACAUAAAAGGCAUUGCUGAG